AAAUUUAUCAGAGUUCCUUGAAAAAUUAUUCUCGACUUCAACAAAAAGUAAUUUUACAUUACAAAAUCCUCAUAAUGAAGGAAUGGAUGAAUUAGGAUUUGGUAAAAGCGGUAUGGUUAUGAACAGUGAAUUAAUUAGUUGGAAAAGAAAUAGAAUGUUAUCUGUACUCUUGCUCAUGAAUGCAAGUUAUUUGAAAAAUCAAGUGAAUUUAACACAAAAAUUGUGUUGGUUGGAUACAAAGGUUCAUUUAUUAUCUCAAUAUUGUGAAAACCUUCUUAUACAUUACAAUCCCUUUACAACUCUUUGCCAAAAAGUGAUGAUUCAAUCUAAAAGAACAAAUAUUCAAGUGUAUAUAAAUCAAGUAAUGCGCUUCUUAGACAAGAUCAUUCAUUUUUCAAAGUCUGUAUUUGAUAACGAAAAACAAGAUGACAUUACGCAGAAUAGUUCCAAGGUAAAUUAUAAUGAUGUAACUGAUGAUGUGAUUAGAUCGAACUUAAUUGAAGUGUUUAUUAGUGAAAUUGAUACAGCAGAAAGUUCAUUGAGUUUCAUCAUGUAUUACUUGUGUAAGUAUCCCUAUGUGAAAAAACGACUAUUUGAUGAAAUUGACGUAAUUUUCUCAUCAAACACCUUGCGUGAUAUCACUUUCAAAGAUAUUGAAAAUUCGAAUACGCUGAAGCCAUAA